CUUUAUUUGACAGCUACACCGCUGCCAGUGCACACACAAUAAAAACUAGUUACAAAAAAUGUUCUCUUAAAUAAGCGGUCGAAAUUGUUUUUUUGUAUUUGAUUUUUUUGUUGUUUCGAUUCAGUUCAUUACGCUGUUGAAGGUUGUGCAUGAAUCAUUCGGUUCGUUGUAUUGCAAAAAUAAUAACAGGUAAAAGUUUAGUCGGAACCUUUGCGUAUUUUUUUUUCUCUCGUCGUUGCCUGGUUCUACCGUGAAGUUGAAUAUUUCAAUUGUGUUUCAGUUCACCCGAAAAGUGUCCGAAAAUAUUGUGGUGACAAACAACAUGUUGAUUUUGUGAUGAAUUCCGACUAAUUUUUGCGACAAAAGUGUGUUAAUAAAUUCGGAGUGAAGUUAAACUAAAAUUGGAAGUUAAUUUCUGUGAUUUUGAAAUCGAUGGAAGCUAACGUGGAAAUGAAUAAAAAACUGAUUUAGAAACCGAUAAAUUAAAGGAAACCAAAAAUCUCGUCUCUUAACAUCGAAUCCCUUUUUCCUUGGUAGUGCUCCCGAGUGCUGUGAAGUAAGGGAGAAAUUUUUCAACAAAAAUGGAAGAGAAACGCGUCGCUGACUAUUUCGUCGUAGCUGGCCUACCAGACAAUCCACGACUGCUUCAAGAAAACAUUUUCAAUGAUUCCGGCCAUUUGCGAUCGUUGAACGUAGUCGAUCCGAUCGUGGAAAUUGGCGUCUAUUUUCCAGUGCUGGGCGAAAAGUUACCGGAAAAUCAUGAACUCUUAGAACUGACACCGUCCGGUAUGCUGGCGGAUUUGAAUUAUGGCUCAGUGCGAACGACCCCAUGCUUUAUGUAUUAUAGACGAGGCAGAGACAAACCGCCGCUGGUCGAUAUUGGUGUCAUGUACGAGGGCAACGAACGAAUUAUGAACGAUGCUAAAAUCGUUUACGAAACACCCGGCCAACGAAUAGCCAACGUAAACAAUUCAUCGGCAAAGACUUUCCUCACAUAUCGCCGAGCCAAACCGAAUAUGCCGUGCAACGAACUGGUUGUCACGGAUCUGUGUGUUAUUGUGCCCAGUAAGGGUGAACGACCGCCGCAUGCCUUCUGUCAAAUUCACAAGACACUAAACCGUGGAAUUAUGGGCAACGAUGUGUUCUUAUGCUACAAAAAGUCAAUGAACCGUCCAAAGCUGAUCAGCUAUCAACCGGAAAUCCUGCAUCGAUAUCCCGAAAUGGAUCACAACGAUUUUCCAUUGAAUCUGUGUCCCAGUGUGCCGUUGUUCUGUUUGCCGAUGGGCAGUACGUUGGAAUCGUGGCCGCAUGUUGAGGGUGACGACGAGAAAAGAGAGCGUCGAGCAAUUUCCCCGGUGUUCAGCACAUUUGUUCUCACAGUCAACGAUGGAACGUACAAAGUGUAUGGAUCGGCUCUGUCGUUUUACGAGCGAUUCGAUGAAAGUAGUUUGACCGAACAACAGAAGGAGCUGCUCGAAUGGACUGAUGAAUCCAAAGACAAUUUUUCGUUGCAUGUUAACAAAGCCAUUUGUCUGUUGUCACAUCAUCCGUUUGGCGAUACGUUUGAGAAAUGGCUGCAAUUCCUACAGAUUAUGGCAUCAAGUGAUGAUCCGAUUACAGUUCCUAUUGAACGUUACAUAACCCAACUGCUGGACGAAGUAUACUUCUACAAGGGUGGUAUACUGCUGCAAUUGUCGCCGUUGAUCAGCAACGAUCGAAUAUUAUUAACCCAACCGGAAGAUUCUCCACUUCCCCGAAGUGGUGCUGGCUUUAGGCAAUUACUGUCUAACUUAGGGCCAGAGAAUUGUCUGCACGUUCUGCUGUUGGUGUUAGCAGAACAGAAGAUUUUGAUCCACUCAUUGCGACCAGCCACAUUAACUGCCGUAGCUGAAGCCGUUGUCACGCUGCUCUUCCCCUUCAAGUGGCAAUGUCCAUACAUCCCACUCUGUCCACUCGGUUUGGCUGAAGUUCUUCACGCGCCGUUACCCUACCUAAUCGGCGUCGAUUCACGAUUUUUCGAUUUGUACGAUCCACCGAAUGACGUCACGUGCGUUGACCUGGACACCAACAAUAUCAGUGUCUGUGAGUCGCAGAAACAGUUCACAACGAAAUUGCUGCCGAAACGAGCGGCUCGCAUAUUGAAACAAACGCUCCGACAACUGGAGGAAUUGGGCAUGUCUACGGGUAACGAAUCGAUGAACAGUCUGGAUCGGGACUUCAAGCGACGGAAGCGGGAACAGAAUUUAGAGCAGCGCAUUCAAGAGGCUUUUCUACGGUUCAUGGCAUCCGUGCUGCGAGGCUAUCGUGAGUAUUUGGUUCCGAUGUCCAAGGCACCAACCAUCGGUGCUACGGAUCCGAAUGCAUUGUUUCAAUUGAACGCAUUCUUGCGGUCCAGGGACAAGUCGCAUCACAAGUUCUACCAGUACUUAAUGAAAACGCAGAUGUUCAUCCGGUUCAUCGAAGAACGUUCAUUCGUCUCGGACGAUCAUUUCGAUCAUUUGGCAUUCUUUGACGAAUGUUCGGAAAAAGUCAGUGCCUAUGACGACACAGCGAAAGAAAUCCAUUUUGUUGAAUGGGACACCAGCCACAGCAGCGAACGUACGAAAAUCAUUCUACCGCCCGACUUCCAAAGUACAACACCCGGACAGACGUUCACAUACUCUCGGUUCAUCCUCAACCCGUUGCUGUUAAAACAAUCGCGAAAAACAUUGCUCGCACAAUUUGCUCACAGUGCUGCCUUGACACCAGGAUCACCGAUGGCUCGACGCACCAAACACGAAAUCAAAAUUGCUCAAAAAAUGGCUCGAAAAUGCCAAGCGAUUCCGGAGACCUGGGCCAAACAUUUGUUGGCAACGUGCUACUCAAUUUACUUUCUCGUUCUGCCCAGUGUGUUACUGGACUCUCCAGCCAAUUGUCAUGCCACCUUGAAGUCGGCCUACGAUCUGCUGUCUCGAGCAGCAAAAUUGAAAAUCGUUUGUGACGAAGUUUGCUAUCGCGUUAUGAUGCAAUUGUGUGGAUCGAACAAUCUGCCGAUCCUAGCCGUACGCUUGUACUAUCUGAUGAAACGAUCGGGCAUCAGUCCGAAUGCAUUAACGUAUGGAUUCUACAAUCGUUGCGUCCUGGAAGCUCAAUGGCCAUCAGAUAGCACAACGUUGAGCAAAAUGCGAUGGAAUCGCUUGAAGAACGUUGUCAUCGGAGCAGCGCAUUUCCGGCGUGCUGGCAGAAAACAUUCAACUCUGCGAAAGAAACACGGUGGAUCGUCAGAGAUGAAUUUGAAUACGUUGGAAGCUGUCGAUGGCACAUCCAGAACUAGUCUGGAUUCAUCGCAUUCCGUUCACAACGAUACGACAACGUUUACCGAUUUUUCGGCAUUCGAUAGACUACGUGGACGACUGGGUAGCAUUGUUCGACAGUCAGGACCACAAGAAUCGUCGGAUGUAAUGUCUAGUGCGGGAUUGUUAAUAUCUAGUGAAGGAGCCAAUAAAUCACCUAAAGACACAUUCAACAAGCAACCACCAUCCAGUCCAUGUGACUUGAGUCCACGAACGCUCGCCCGGUCGGAUAGUUUUGCCGGUGACUCAAAGUUUAUCGACAAAUUGCACCGAAAGAGUUCCAUUGGCGACGGAACCGGCGUUUGUGACACGAAAUCAAAGUGCCAGAAAACGCUCAGUUUCGAUGACGAUUUGAGGGUGGAGAGCAUCAGUGAGGUGAACAGUUCGCAGGAGGAAAUCGACUUGGAAAGUGAUCUCAGGAACGUGACCAGCCCCACAAAAAUUUCACCGAGAACUCCAGUGACGCAAAACGAUCCCUUGGGCGCGUUGAACGAAGACGAUGAAGUUAUUGAAGUCCAACAAACGCCACAAAUCGAAAGCAUUUCGCUCAACAACAAUACUAUGUACACGGACCAGCCGAUACUGUUCAAGGGACAACGCAGUGCCACUUUCGACGAGUCAACACAUUUAAACAAGAGUCUGCAUCGAUCGGAAACGAUGCCGGCUAAUUCGAUAACGUCAAGCUUGGCCGGACUGGGGUCAUCGCUGAAGUUCUUUGGCCGUUACUCACCGAGUCGAUUAUCCUUUAAAAAGGACCUGAAAAUUCCCUCUCACAUUAUUGAGAACAUCUCGAACAUAAGUCCCAGUUUGACCGGCAAAAAGUCAAACGAAAUUAUCCAAGGUGGCAUCAGCAGCAUAAAACAUGCAGCCACAUCGGUAGCGAAAAAAUUGGACGAAAUCAAGGAAGCAAUAUCAGCGAAUUCGACGCCAGUCAAAGGACCAUUGGAACGGGACCAUGUGUCCGAGGACGAUUUGCUUAACAAUGACUCGUCGUCGUCCCGUUCGCGUCGCGUGUCCGGCGAAUUAGACUUAUGGGGUCGACUGAGUGAGUCACGCAAAUCGAGCUACAAUAAUUUAGUGCCUCUCGGUGAGAAUACGACAAGCAAUAGCGUCAAUGCAUAUCCAACAUUACCUGACAGUGUGUAUCCGAGCCCGAAUGAGAACCAAGACAACAUUGCUUAUGAUGUGGUCAUAGAACUGACAUCCUGCUCACAGUGUCACAACUGUUCUGUAUUGCUGUACGACGAAGACAUAAUGGCUGGAUGGUCGGCAGAAGACUCAAAUUUAAAUACCAAAUGUCAUGCAUGCAACAAAGUGACGGUGCCAUUUCUUAGUGUUCAAAUUAAAGUCGACGAGAAGCUAAGCGAAUCGAAACAAUCGGACAAUUUAAGUGUGCCGUACCUAAAUCCUCUUGUGCUACGAAAGGAAUUGGAAAACAUUUUGAGUCAAGAGGGUGACGUGUCACUGUCCUCACCUGCUUUUAUCGACGAGCAUCCCAUUAUUUACUGGAAUUUGGUGUGGAUCAUGGAACGAAUUGAUGUGACGACGCAUCUACCGAAUCUGCGAUUGCCUCGAGAGACUGACCGUGAAAUCGAUCCACUUCGUGGAUUAGACAAGACAAUUUCCGUUCAAUGUUUGUGGGACAAUUUACGGCUUCAUGCCGAAGCCGGACCUCCAAUGUAUAUGUUAUGGAGGCAAAAUCAGCCACCGAGUGCAUUACUGAAAGCUUUGCUCACCGAUCAAACGUCACUGAAUCGAACUGUCAUUCAACAAGUCAUCACAUCUCUGCGCUGCAGCGAUUUACUAACGCCAGUAAAGCGUCUAGCUACCGAACGUGACAAAUUGAAAUUGCGCGGUGUCGAUCGAUCACAUUCCAUUUACCGAGACAUUCUGUUCCUUGCCUUAACGGCAAUCGGUCGAUCCAACAUUGAUAUGGCAUUUUUCCACCGGGAAUAUGCUGCCGUUUUCGACAAAUUAACCGAAAUCGAAUGCAACACUUACUAUCGCAGCCAGGAUCUACCACCAUCGGCGGCUGCUAUGUGCUGUCGGGCGUAUUUUAAGCCACUUCAAUUGCCCUGACGAAUAGAGCACCGAUUAGAAUGGUAAAGAUUUAAGGCAUCUGGAUGUGUGUGUGUGUGUGUGUGGUGGUCUGUUGAGGUUGAUGGGUAAGUAAAAUUGUUACGAGUGAGAGAUAAAUGGUGAAGAUGUGCGGUCCAAGGGAAGAGAAAGAGAGAGAAAAUUUAUGGAAAAUAUUUCGUUGUGAUUUGCAUUGAAAAUGUGAACAAAUUUUUAGUUUUGAAGAAGAUUUAUUUUUCGAUUUUUGUUUUUCUUUUUUUUUACUGAAGAAAAGACAGAAAAGUGCUCUGGAACCAAUCAACAAAAGUGUUCGUUUAUCCGAAUUGUUCAUUAAAAAUAAUUUGUUUCUCUAUAGAAAAA